AUGAAAGCCCUCAUCUUUGUAGCUGCUGGAGUCAUGCUUCUGUCGCCCACUUUUUGUCAAAGCGUUGCAGGCAUGGCAAAUGACGUCCACAACUUGGCAAAACCAACCUUACCUAUUAAGACCUUCCGUGGGGUUCCCCCAAAUUCUUUUGAAGAAUUCCCCCUUUCUGCCAUAGAAGGCUGGACAGGAACUACCACAACUGUAAAAAUUAACUGCCCAGAAGAAAGGGUUUCAAAUCUCCACGUGAAUAAUGCUACCAUGGGGUACCUGAGCAGCUCCUUAAGUACCAAACUGAUCCCAGCCAUCUACAUCCUGGUGUUUGUAGUAGGUGUGCCAGCCAAUGCGGUGACCCUGUGGAUGCUCCUCUUCAGGACCAGAUCCAUCUGUAUGAACAUCUUCUACACCAACCUGGCCAUGGCAGACUUUCUUUUUUGCAUCACACUGCCCUUUAAGAUAGCUUACCACCUCAAUGGGAACAACUGGGUAUUUGGAGAGGUGAUGUGCCGGGCCACCACAGUCAUCUUCUAUGGCAACAUGUACUGCUCCAUUCUGCUCCUCGCCUGCAUUAGUAUCAGCCGCUACCUAGCCAUUGUCCAUCCUUUCACAUACCGAGGUCUGCCCAAGCGUACCUACACCUUGCUGACAUGUGGACUGGUGUGGGCAACGGUUUUCUUAUACAUGCUGCCAUUCUUCAUCCUGAAGCAGGAAUAUUACCUUGUCCAGCAGGACAUCACCACUUGCCAUGAUGUCCACAACACAUGCGAGUCCUCAUCACCCUUCCAACUCUACUACUUCAUAUCCUUGGCAUUCUUUGGAUUCUUAAUUCCCUUUGUGGUCAUUAUCUACUGCUACACAGCCAUCAUUCGGACGCUUAAUGCAUAUGAUCACAGAUGGCUGUGGUAUGUUAAAGCGAGUCUCCUCAUUCUUUUGAUUUUCACCAUUUGCUUUGCUCCAAGCAAUAUUAUACUCAUUAUUCACCACGCUAACUACUACUACAACAAUACUGAUGGCUUAUAUUUUGUCUAUCUCAUAGCUUUGUGCCUUGGGAGCCUGAAUAGUUGCCUAGAUCCACUCCUUUAUUUUCUUAUGUCAAAAAUCAUAGAUCACUCCACUGUUUACCUUACAAUGGUGAAAUCACCUUAG